AUGAAACAAGCUGAAGCAACUGUUUCUACAGACUGGGAAAAUAAAUUUACUCAGGUGUAAUUUUAUGUUACAAGAGAAAAAAUAACUGAACUGCCAUUUAGUGGGAUCUAUCUCAAUAACACAGAAUCAGGAAUAUACUACUGCAUGUGCUCCAAGGCCCUACUGUUCAGCUCAGAAAAGAAGUACAGUUCUGGGAUUGGAUGGCCAUCGUUUUCUGAGUCUUAUAGUACUUGUGGCAGAGAUGAAAAUAAUACCAGUACCAUGAAAUGACCAGAGAUCAUUCCAUUGAGAUCAACUAGAACUGAAGUUGUCUGCAAACAGUGUGAGGCCCAGCUAGGCCAUGCAUUUGAUGAUGGUCCCACACCUUCUGGACAGGGGUUCUGUAUCAACAGUGUUUCAUUAAACUUCAAACCCAGCUCUGGUCAGUGAGAAGUGAUCUCUGUGGCUUAUAGAACACCCUUUCACUGCCCAUACAAGCUUGUGAAAAAUGUAUGUUUUUAAUAUAGAACUCAGAUUUUAGUACUUAUGCCAUUGCAGCUUUGCUUUCGAGCUACUAUCAGUGUUGAUAACAUAUAUACAUUUGUGGUAACUCUUUGGUAAUCUGCCUUUUCAUGGUUAGUGUGAUGUAAGUGUUGAUCUGCUUAUUGUAUUUAUAAAAAAUAAUAAAAAGAUCUGUGCAUUUGUAACUAUGAUCAUUAACUCCAUUGAGGCUGCUGAAGUGAAAUACUCUCCUCAACCUGACCUUGCCGAUGCCAAACAGUAGUUGUGGCACCAGGAAUACAGAUGUCCAUGGCUGAUCAUGCCAGGGCUUUUACUUCUGUAAAAUCAUUAUAUCCUUCUAAAGGGAAGCAAAAAUAACAUGAAUCUCCAAAUAGGGGCUGAGGGGUUUUGUUUUCCCCUGAUGUGAGAGACCUUUAGCCAAACCAAGUGACUUUUCCAUGAACCUGUAAAAUUCAAGUCCCGAAGAAGGGUCUAAUUGCAGCUAUUCCAGGCAAUGGAGCCAGUGAAGACAUGAAGUCUUUCUUUUUUUAAAUCAGUGACUUGGAUUUUGUGUCCAACAGCAGAGCUAUUUUGCUUCAGGA